CCUCCAUGCAUGUGGCAAAUUUAAAUUACAUUUUCUAAGAAAACGUAAUGUUGUUUUUCCUCUAUUAACAAACAUCCAUGUAACGCGUUAAACAAUAUAAAAAUGUGAUGGUAAAACCGUAAAAGCAUAUAAAUAAUUCGGAUUACAUAAAAAAUUGUAGAACAUCAUCAAAAUUAAGUUUCCUUAGAACAUCAACAACAGCAUUCAGUCUUCAUUCUCUCAUAUUCAUAUUUUAAGAAAUUGUAGAACAUCAUCAAAACUGAAUGUGAACAAAGGAACAAAACCUGAAUUCAUUUUCUCAUUAAAUAAUUUAAAGUGUUGUAAUAAUAACAUUUUACGUUUUAGAUAGGUAAUAUUCUCAAUCAUUUUUAAUCUAAAACUAAAAUAUGAAUAUGCUAUAAAUCUCAGCUUAGAGAGAAUACAUUCAUUAAAAUGAAAGGCGAUGGCAGGAUAAAAAAAAAAGAACUCAAACUACCUGAAAUGGACAACAAAGUUAAGAAAUAGGGGUCAAAUUUGAAGUGAUCAUACACACUGUUCGAACCUGUAAUUUAAUACGUUGAGGAAAAAAAAUCAACAAAAAUAUAUGCAACUAAUAACAAAUAAAAUAAAUAAAAGGACACUAAACACACAUUUGGGUAUAAGACAAGAAGUAAUAUGGAUUAAGACAACACAUUCUCAGUUUCUCACCACUCUAAGCCAUACACUACUUAAAAAAAUUGUCAAUAUAAAUUUACUUUAAUAGUUAUUAGUUUAUGUCCUUAAUUUCUCUCCUAGAAUGUUUCCAAGCUAAAAGACUAAUUUGAUUUGCUAGCAUAUUUUCUUCUCAAUUCUACAUAAUCUAUUUAUUCAUUCCUAGUCUCUAGAUUAUUGGCCAAAUGCUAAACAACAAUUCACAUAUGUUCAUCUCUCAUCAUCACUAUUUACAGAUACGCGAUUUUAAAUGAAUUGAUUAAAGUAAUUUUAAUUACUAUACGAUUUAACAAAUAUUUCAACCAAAAUCUCACUUUGAAAAUGAAUUUAAAUAAAUUUAAUGUAUAUUAGUAUCAAUCUUUAUUUAUUUUAUGUAUGUUAUACAGUUAAAUUGUUGAUUUUUGGAAUGAAAUUAUGUGAAAUGACUUUUUAUAUUUAUUCAAAAAAAGUUCACCAUUUGACAUAAAUAAAAUUGAAUACUCAUUUCAUCCAUUCCACAAAUAAAUAGAUAAAAUAAAAAAAAAGAAUCAUUUCAUAACAAAUUUGGUUAUGAAUGAAUGGAAUGAAAUCUAUUUCAUUUUUGAUAUAUUUCAUUCCAUUUAUUUUAAUUACACUAAUUCCUUAUUAUUUUCUGAGUUACAGUUUGUGGUUAAAUAAUUCAAAGUAACACAUGUUUAUACAAACACGCCCAUAUAAUAAAAUUGAUAAAAAAAAUAAUUUUAUUAAGAAACUAAAAUAAACGUAUCUGAUAGUUAUAUAGGGUUUAUUAAUUUGAUUUUUAAUUUCUCAUGAAAAUACAUUAAUAUCAUAGUCAGCAUUCACUGUAGCCAGAAUUUAGUAUUUCCACUGCUUUUGUUAACUAAAAAUGAAAUUAGGAGAUGUAUUCAAAGUGACAUUUGAACUAAUUAGUAUUAAAAUGAAAAAUCUGUUAUUAUUCAUACAUGAAUAUUAACCAACUUUUAUUGAACUUAUUUAAAAUGUAACUUAUCAUUCACUAUUAUUGGAAAUAUUUUUAAAUAUUGGUUUUGAACAAAUUUGCGGUGAUUUGAAGAUGUUUUUUUGGUAAAUUUUUUGUAACAUUCCGGUUUAUAAUAUAUAGAAAAGUUUAAAAGAAAUUUAGUUACAUAUGUCAUCAAAGUGAAUUUAACUUUUUGAUCACAUUCAGAAAAAACUAUAGAACUGAACGGGAAUAGUGACCUAUCGGUAAGUGAUUCUUAAUAUCGUAUGAGUGAAGUUGAAAAACACAUGGAAAUGUCAUGGAGUGAUUAUAAGAGCAGUAAACAAAAUUUUCAAGCUUCCAAAAAAUUGAAGAUCCAUUGUGAUGAUGGAUGGUUGCAAUUUCUAAAUUGAAAAUAUCAAAAUUUAGUCUCAUUGUUUUGGAUGGAAUUGAUUGUUUUUUAUACUUUUAAUUAACAUCACCAUAAUUUUCAUAUUCACAUAAAAUCGUCUAAAAUUAUUUAAAAAUCAAAUCAUUUUAAGUUUUCUCAAAUAUUAUAUAUUGACAUUGAACUCACCCCCUUAACCAAGAUAUGCAGAUUGUAUUUAGAAUAAAAUCCACCAAAAAAUAAUUUAAAAUGCAUAAUAAAAACAAAAACGACAUUUUAGGAAUAAAAUAUAGUAAAAUCAUCGUCGCUACACACAAGCAACUAUAAAUCAAAGCUAAGCAAAUAACCUUUUCACCAAGUUCCUUCUCCUUCAAAGUCUUUCACUUCAACAAUCUUUCAUUCCUUAGAUAAGUUUACGUAAAAGACUCCAAAGAAACAAACCAUGGUUGUUGUGUUACAGCCAGUCCCAAAAGGCAAAACGAGUUCGGUUUUAAUCCCAGUUGUAGACUUAGCCGACCCAACUUCCAAAACCCAAAUCGUUAAGGCUUGCGAGGAGUUAGGCUUCUUCAAAGUCGUCAACCAUGGUGUUAGACCCGAUCUUUUAACCCAGUUGGAGGAAGAAGGGGCCGUUUCCACCAAGUUCUUUGCUUUGUCUCAGUCUCUCAAAGAUAAAGCCGGUCCAGCCGACCCGUUUGGAUACGGUAGUAAGCGAAUCGGACUCCAAGGUGACGUGGGAUGCGUUGAGUAUAUUCUCCUCAAUGCUAAUAGUCAUCUGUCGUCUACCAAAACCACCGCCGUUUUCCGGAAAACCCCUGCCAUUUUCAGAGAGGCGGUGGAAGAGUACAUGGAAGAGAUGAAGGGAAUGUCGAGCAAGGUUCUUGAAAUGGUAGAAGAAGCGCUUGGGAUAGAGCCAAAGGAGAAGGUGAGCAGAUUGGUGAAGGUGAAGGAGAGUGAUUCGUGUUUUAGGAUGAACUAUUACAAGGAGAAGGAAGAGACUCAGGCCAAGGAAGAGAUUGGGUUCGGUGAGCACACUGAUCCACAGUUAAUAUCAGUGCUCAGAUCAAACGACACUGAGGGCUUACAAAUCUGUUUGAAAGAUGGGACUUGGGUCCCUGUUCCACCUGAUCACUCUUCUUUCUUUGUUUUUGUCGGAGAUACUCUUCAGGUGAUGACUAACGGAAGAUUCAAGAGUGUGAAACACAGAGUGCUCACAAAUACAAAGAGGUCAAGAUUAUCGAUGAUCUACUUCGCAGGUCCACCGUUGACGGAGAAGAUUGCACCAUUGGCAUGCCUUGUCCCCAAGCAAGAGGAUUAUCUUUAUAAAGAGCUUACUUGGUCUCAAUACAAGUCAUCUGGUUACAAGACUAAGCUUGGUGACUAUAGGCUUGGUCUCUUUGAGAAAUAACUUCCAUCUUCUAUAUUUAAUGUUUGAGAUACUUUUAUAUCCUAGUUUUUUUUUUCUGAAAAAAGUAUGAGUUUUUGUUGUUGAUAUUUUAGAAACUCAAUCAUUUCUUUUAGUUUAUAAGUUUGUACCAAGAAGGGCAAAAUAUAAAAUAAAUGAGUUUACCAAUUAUUGUAGUCAUCAUCUCUUAGUAUUUUUAUUCUUUUGUUUUGGUUCAUUCAUAAAAUAUAUAAUAACUAGUUAUCAAGAACAUAAUUUUUCCAUCGGGUACAAGGCAGACCACAAUUUCAAUGGCCUUUUGAGGAGAUGAUUUGACGUGUUUGGCUAAGAAGCGAUGUCCACAUAGUAGUAUACGAGUUUUUCUUUAGUUAUACUGUUAUAGACUCUAAAUUUUUGUUUCAAAAAAAAAAAAAAAAGACUAAAUUUUAUUUGAAGAAAAAAACUACAUUUUCAGCUUUUUAGCUCCCAAUUCUUUUGUAAAUGGCUCCCUUUUGAUUAAUCAAUAAAUUUGAAAUUCCAUCAAAACUAGUUUUUAUCUCCUCUUCGUCUUCAUCUUGUACAGUUACUGAAACUAGUGGUUAUUGUUUUCUGAAUGACCUUUUAAUUGGUCUUUUCUGAUUUUCUUAGAUUGUGUUGUAUGAUUUUUUAAAAAUCUUAUAUCUUGAAAGCUAUCUUUGUUUCUUUUAUCGAGGCCAUAUAUACAGGCCUGAUUUGGCAUCUUUUUGGGGUAACAAAACACGAGUUUGUGGGUGGAAACCCCAAGUCCAUUUAUCG